AUGGGUGAUUGGAGUUUGGGAAAUUUCUGCAUUGGAUAUGCUUUUGAGAAUGUCGAUUCAGCGGUUCUCCAGUACCAGAACCAGAGACUUCUUCAGCAAAUAGACAAACAGAAGCAUGAUUUGCAAGAUGUUGAAGCAAAAAUUAAGGAACUAAAGGAUAAGCAAGUUGGUUGUUAUGGUUUAAUUCUUCUUGGACUGUGUGCUGGAAGAAGCCAAAAUGCUUUACAAAGUUUAGAUGGCGCUGAUUAUUCUCGUGGUUCAAUUCCAUCAUGUUCUGCGGAGGAGAUGUUUCUUUGUAGACUCCUACAAAGAGAUUCUAUAGAAGCUAAUGGCAAUGAUGAAAUUGCUAAAUGUGUUGAAGAAGCUCUCACUUUGCAUCUUACGUCUACUAGGGAGUUGUUAAAACUCUUGGAACAUACCAUUUAUUCUCAUAGGGAAAAAACAGAGAGCAUAGUCCACACUUUGGAUGGAAAGAUAUCUUCUGAAGGCCAGAGGUUUAAUUGUAAAUUCAUUGCUAUGAUAUCAUCCAGUUACCUAAGAUUGAUGAUGGAUAGGGUGGUUAAAAAUCUGCGGGAAGCGAUUGAUAUUCUUCACGUGAAGCAGCUAGAGUAUGCUGAUGUAAUUCGGACUUACCUUAGCAGCCAGUCAACAGAUCAGUCUGAAAUUAGGCGCAUUACAGGUGAGCUGGAUGACAGCAUGACUGAACUAGAGGAGAGUAGGAGGAAACUAGUGAAUCUGAAAAUGCAAAAGGAUGUUGCAUCUGGGAUGCAUAACCUUACUUCUGGUGCGGUGAAGGGAACCCACCUGAAAAAUCAACAGAAAGGACAAUAA